AUGGCGGCUGUGACGGCAGUCAGAGAUAAAAUGAAGGCGAUUCUUACAGAGACGUGGCCUUCAGCGGAGCUCAUGAACAGAGCCGAGUUCUUAGAAUAUUCACAUCAAGUUACACUGGAUCCAAACACGGCAAACAACUUUCUGGUUUUAUCAGAGGGGAAUAGAAAAAUAUCAUUUCAUACAAAAAAUCAGCCAUAUUCUCGACAUCCAGACAGAUUCAUUCACAUACCUCAGAUCUUGGGUAAAGAUGGGAUGACUGGACGUUGUUACUGGGAGGUGGAGAUGAGCAGUAAAGCUGGAGUAGCAGUCGCUUACAAGAGUAUCAGCAGAUCAGGGGACUUUGACGCACACGUAUUUGGAUUCAAUGAGAAGUCUUGGGCUUUAAAUUGUGACAAUGGUUAUACCUUCAGACAUGAAAGCCGCUCGCUCAGCAUCUCAGGGCCUAAAUCCUCCAGAAUAGGAGUGUACCUGGACCACAGCGCAGGUAUUCUGUCUUUCUACAGCGUCUCCAAAGCUCUGACUCUCCUCCACCGAGUCCAGACCACAUUCACCGAGCCGCUCUACGCUGGACUUUUUCUUGGGGGUCCUAAUGGAGACACUGCUGAGUUCUGUCAACUAAAGUAGUCAAGAGAGGCAGACGACUGGUUCAACGUUAAGUAUUAGAGGCAUCUGUUGGCAGAAAUUGUAUAUAACAUUCAUAAAUACUGUAUAUUUUCAUGCGUUUAUCAUCACCAAAAGAUAACAAAUGUGUUUUCGUUACCUUUAACCCUUUGAAACCUCACUUUUCUUGUACUACUUUCCUUUGAA